AUCGGCGGCGCCAUCUGAUCCGUGGCUCGGGAAGUUCACUUCCCGUGUACUGGUUGCAGGAGCGAGAGUUUUCUCGCCCAGCGCGUGGAUCAUUUGGAAGCCGAGGACUGCAGGAUGGUGUUACUGAUGCAGACUGUCGGCAGAUCCAGUCUGCUUGAGCUAGGGAAGACUUUGGUGCCUGUCCCUGUGGUUGUGAAUGGCCCUGCGGUGACGGAUUUUGAGGUGGCACAUCAGGCGGAGCGCGAGGCGGCGCAACAUCGGAUGGCGGACAGGGGCAAAGCACAAAUCUUCUUGGCGAAGGAGGCGGCAGCCGACAAAAGGGAGAGCUCGCCGCCGCCGCCAGAGCUGUCAACGAUGAAGAUGAAUCCCCAAGCGCCGGGAUGGAACACGAGGUUAGUGAAGAACAAGCUGCAUCCCAUCCGAUAUUCAGGGAUUUAGGAA